AUGGAAGUAAAUUGCAUAAAACACAAUAAAUUAAUAGAGUUUAUUUGCAAUACAUGUAAUAUAUUGAUGUGUUCAAUAUGUACAUUGGAUCAUUGUAAACAACAACAAGAUCAUUCUAUAGAAUGUGAUCAUAUCACUCAAAUUAGACAAUCAUUAAACAAUAUUGAUAUUAUAUCAGAUAACUAUAAUGUUGAUAAUAAUAAUAAUGAUAAUAGUAAUAAAGAAUCAGAAUUCUCAAAAACUAUGAAAUCUAUAUGGGAGUCUUUAAAAUCAUCAGCAUCUCGGUAUCAAUCACUCUCGACAACAGAGAAUGAGAUAAAGCAAUACUUUGAACAGCUACAUCAAUAUCUAAUAACUGAAGAACAUAAGCUAAAGAAAAAGAUCACACUUGAAAUAGAUUCAAUACAAAACCAAAUAGAUAAUAAUAUAAAUCAUUUAAAAUCUAUUGUUAAUAUUAUAAAAAUAAAUAAUACAAUAGAUAAUGAUAAUAAUUGUAGUAAUAGUAAUAGUAGUAAUAGUAGUAUUGAUAGAGACGUUCCAAUUAUUGAAGAUACAACAUCAGAAUAUUCAACCUCAAAAAUAAUGAAAUCUAUUAUAUCGAGUAAAUCAUUACCAUCAUUCAUAAAUAAUAAUAAUCAAACACUAUUCAACGAUCAUUAUGAUCCAUUCGAUAUUGAUGAACUUAUUAAACAAUAUAAUAACGAUUCAUCAUUAUUAUUAUUGAAUAUAAUUCAUAAAUAUAAUAAACAGUUCACUAAAUACGGUGGCAAUAACAACUCUACACCAGCAAAACAACCAUCAUCCUAUGUAUUAACAGUAAAACAACCUAACUUUAGUCAGUUGGAUUCAAUUAUUAAAGGAUCAAUAAAUCUUGAGAGAAUUGCAUCAGCUUCAUCUUCAUCAUCAGUAACAACAUCAAAUAACAAUCCUAAAGUAUCAUCAUAUAUUUUCACAACACACGAAGCAAUGGGAGCAACACUUAUCAACGUGUCAAACAAUUCAAUUGAAGAACUCAAAUUAGAUUAUGACUUUGUUGGUACAUAUUCAUCAAUAGUUAAAGUUAAUGAAUUUAUCUAUAUAUUUGGUGGAUACAAAUGUCGAAACAAAUGGAUGAAAUUAUCAUUGAAAUCGAAAACAAUUGAACAUAUCGGUGAUAUCGAAGGAAUCCAGGGUGAUUACUUGAUAUCAGCUUGUUAUGAUUUUAAGGAUCAUAUGAUCUAUUUAGUGAAUGGAAUGGAUUCAAAUUAUAGAAUCGAUAGAUUCCAUAUCAAUUCGAUGAAGUUUGAAAAAUUCCAUCAUGACUACCCAACACCAAAUGGAAAUGAUAAACAUGUUUCAAUGUCAACCAUGUCCUUCAAACGUAAACUAUUUUCAAUAUUAUACUCCAAAGAUUUGAUGAUUGAAUUCGAUGUGAGAUAUAAAACUUUAACAGAACAUCGAAUUGGCUUUGUACCAGUGGCUGCAUGUAACGACAAUUCUGGAAAUUUCUACAUUGUCAACGAAGCAUACCAAAUCGUCAGAUAUAAUGUGGACAGCAAACGAACAGUGGUCCUCGGUUCUGUCCCUCCCGAUGAUAGACCUUUUUUGGUGUAUCAUCAAGAAUCAUCAUCAAUCUAUUCAUUUAAUAAUAACAAACAUUUCAAAUAUUCAUUGGAAUCCAAAUUUCAAAGAUAUAUCUUUGAAGUUCAGGAAAUAUUCAAAGUCACAUUAUAUAGAUACAGAUAUUCGAAUAUGAAAAGAAUAAAUAAUAAUAAAUAUCAGAUUCAAAAUGAUGACGAUCAAUUUCAUGGUGAUGUUUUGAAUGCCGAUGGCGAUGAUAAAGAUAACGAUCAUCUGUUUUUAGAUAAGAGAAUAGAGAAGGAUAAAUACCUACCGUUUACAAAGAGAUAUUGGAAUGCCUUUAGAAGAUGGGCAUACUUUAUGAGACAUCUACUGCUACACACAUACAAUAACAACCGAAGAAACAAGAUGAGUUAUUGUCUUGGUUUCUCUGCUUGUUUCCUCGUGGUGUUUGUAGUGUCGCUCUGUGUAUCGAUCAUCUCAAACACACCGGUAGUAUUCCUCAACCUCUCUGAGGUGUCGAGCGGUGAAAUCGACAUACAAGUAGAGCCUGCCAGUUGGACGGAAGCACUAACACUCAACUACACAAUGAUAUCGUCGCUGCUGAACGAUAACGAUGAAUCGUAUCAUACGCCUCGGUUGAUUAACAACGUCUAUGUGGUGGCGGCCAACGACUGUCCGCGCGGUGACGUCUCUAGCCAGCUGUGGAAGUAUCACAACCGGACUGCUGGUGGAACAAAGUGUGAACCUAGCUGUUUCGAGUCGUAUUGUAGCGGUGCCAGUUCCGAUAAGGGUGAACUCUAUGUCAUCGAUACCGAUCGUGAAGAGAGAAUGGCGCUUGGGCGUGAGUGGUCGUUGAAGGCACCGAGUGCUGGUUCAGUCUACCUCCAGAGCUAUCUUGCCAGCCUGCUAGGUGUAAAAGAGAAUGACUAUAUCUACAUCGUAGUGGCUGCAGAUGCACUACUAAACACAAUCUGGACAAACUCCAACACCUCCAACGAGAUUCCAUUCCUCUACUUGACUGCCAAGGUAGAGAGUAUCUACAGUAGUGGUCAUGGAAAAUAUGGAUCAUCAAUAGACAAUGGUAUUAUAAUGGAUUAUAAGACUUUUAUUGAAUAUAUAGUAACACAAUUGGAUCCACAAAUCAAUCCAAUAUCAAAAGAAUUAAUUUCAUCAAGUGAUAUUUAUGAAUUUGCAGAAAUAGUAUUAUUUAAUUUACCACCCAAUAGAAUGGAACCAUAUAUUAAUUCGAAUCAAGAUACCAUUCUAAAGUAUUUGAUUCAAUUCUCAUCAAAGAUUCUUUACAAGAUUGGAUUUGACCAGUUGAGUGGAUCGCUUCCGGUGAUGAGUGAACUCUCUGGUAAUAAAUAUGUAUCGUUGUUCCUCGGUCUCAUUCUGAAUGUAAUCAUUUUCAUUCUGCUGUUCCUCUCGAUUCUCUUGAUCUACUCGCUACUGAUGAUCGAUGUAGAGACACGAACCUUUGAAAUGGGUGUCAUGCGUAUGAUUGGAACAACGCGAUCCGGUAUCAUCCAACUGAUGCUAUGCAAAGCGUUCUCCUAUAGUUUACCGUCUUGGGUUCUAGGUCUAGUGAUGUCACAGCUUUUCGGGCUGAUCGUUUCAGCCGGUUUCAAAUCGUUGACUGGCGUGCCCAUACCCGCGCGUCUUACACCUUCGGCGAUUCUGCUCUCCUCGGGUCUGGGACUGAUUAUUCCGAUGGCUGCGUCGAUCUUCCCUAUCAAGAGUGCACUCGGUAGAAAUCUCCAUGAUUCUCUCGAUGUCAAACAUUCAAAGACCAUGGCAGUUCAGAUCUCCAUAGAGCGUUCCGAAGACAGCAGCUUCUCCUCGUCGGUUGCAAUCAUUGGUUUGCUACUCUCGGCAUUUGGAUUCGGUAUCUACUAUAUAUUCCCAUUGUCGUUGCUAUCGUUCAACUUGGCACUGCUGUUGAACAUGUUCUUUUUGUUACUGAUUGCAAUGCUACUUGGUCUGAUAUUGCUGGCGUUGAAUCUCGAGCAUCUGCUGGAGCGUCUCAUUGUAUUUGUAUUUUUAUUCUGGGAGAAAAAAGCUAUUCCUUCGCUGGUCAUAAAGAAUCUGGUUGCACACAAAAUGAGAAACAGAAAGACUGCCAUUAUGUAUGCCAUCUCACUGGCAUUCAUUAUUUUUGUCAACGUUAGUUACUCCACUCAGCAGGCAUCGAUGAACUACAAGAUUCAACAGAAAUUCGGAAGCUACUUGCGACUGGACAUAUCGUACUCUGACAUCGAAGUGAAUCAAGAUAUCAUUAAUUUCCUCGAUAAAAACAGUCUGGUAGAUUCCUACUCGUUUGUCUCGUCGGCAUUCGUAGAUAUCAGCGUUGCAUACUCGGUCAGUCAGAUCUCCAACAUCGGACAUAUCUACAAUGAUAUCAAUCACGUGUAUGCCGUAUCACCAAACUACUUUGACUCGACGAUUCCAGGUUUCCUAAAGGUUGCCAGCCUCGCAAGUGAUCCCGAUUUCCAGAUGGACAAAAACACCUACGAUGGACUAUCUCAACAGAUCUACUCUGAGCAAUCGGCAGGCAAAAUGAUCAUUGGAUCACUGUAUGAGACGUAUAUAGGUGCUUCACUCGAUAGCAAUUUCCUCGUUAGAUUGCCAUACGAAGAUGUCAACGUUGUCAUGAACACCACCUCCUAUCUCGUCAAGCCAAUGGCAAUGUUGGAAUCAUCGCCUGGCUUCUCAUUCUCGAAAUUCCCAUCGGUGACGAGUCAGGACGCUAUCAUAUCGAUUCCAGCCUACAUUGAAUAUGCCGGUAUGCGAUACCAAUCGGUGCGUGAAAUCAUGAUAAGUCGAUUCCUCUUGAAGUUCAACACCGGCCAAACCUCAAAGUUGAAAUCACAGAUCACCGCUUUCUGUAACUCACUGGACACCACUUGCUCCAUAAGAGACUACGAACAGGAAGUCGCACCAAUGGCAACGGCAAGCACCAUCAUUCAAUACUUUUUUAGCUUCACAACGGUGAUUGCCAUGCUGAUUUCGUUCUUCUCUUUGAUGUCAUCGAUGUUCACCAACAUCUUUGAGCAGACCAAAGAGAUUGGUAUCCUGAGAGCAAUCGGUAUACCGAAAUCAUGGAUGGUAAGAAUCUACAUCUACGAAUCAUUCGUACUCGUUUUCUCGUCAUCUAUACUCGGGGUAAUCAUAGGUUCUCUCGUAGGAUGGACAAUGAUUUUACAACGUGUACUAUUUACUCAACUCCCAAUUCCAUUUGUUUUCCCUUGGGUACUACUCAUCAUUAUAUUUAUUUGUUCAAUACUAUUCUCAUUUAUAUCAGCAUUUGGUCCGAUUAGAAAGGUUUUAAAUCAACAAGUUGUUAGUAUAAUGAGAAUUGUUACAUAA